CUCACUGUCCAUGCCAGGGUUUAUCCCCUCGUCCUUGAUCUCCCUUCAUCCCUCCAAUCCUCAUCUGUUCCUCCUAGGACGACAGGAGAGAGUGACUUACAAAGGGGAGCAUCACGCCGGCUGUGUCGUGUCCCCCGGCAUAAAGUGAAUGGAAAGUGCUAAAAAGUCUCAUGACAACAUUCAGAGAGUGACGGCUGCACGAGCGUGAUUGAAAGUCUUCUGGAACAUCCUGACGGGAGUCUCCAAACUGUUUUCCUGCCAUCCCAUCCCUGUCUCCGGUGGUGACAGUGCCUAAACGAGCAUCACCAUGGGUGAAAUGGAGCAACUGCGAAAGGAGGCGGACAACCUCAAAGAUCAGAUCACUGCGGCGCGUAAGGUGAUGCAGGACACCACCCUCCAGGAGGCUGCGGCCAGUAUCAAUGUGGUGGGCCGAGUCCAGCUGAAGACCAGGAAAACCCUGAGGGGUCACCUGGCCAAGAUCUAUGCAAUGCACUGGUCCACUGACUCCAGGCUGUGCGUCAGUGCGUCACAAGAUGGAAAACUCAUCGUGUGGGACAGCAUCACGACCAAUAAGGUGAACGCCAUCCCACUCAAGUCAUCGUGGGUGAUGACUUGCGCAUACGCACCUUCGGGCAACCUUGUGGCCUGUGGAGGUCUGGACAACAUGUGCUCCAUCUAUAACCUCAAGGGCAAAGACGGCAACGUCAAGGUCAUGCGCGAGCUGGCGGCACACACAGGUUACCUCUCCUGCUGUCGUUUCAUCAGUGACAGCGAGAUCAUCACCAGCUCUGGAGACUGCACCUGUGUGCUAUGGGACAUCGAGACAGGGACCCAAAAGACCAUCUUUGCAGGCCACCAGGGGGACUGCAUGUCUUUGGCCGUGUCCCCGGACUUCAAGUUCUUCAUCUCGGGAGCGUGCGACUUCACCGCCAAGCUGUGGGACAUCAGAGAGGGUACCUGCAGACAGACCUUCGGGGGCCACGAGAGCGACAUCAACGCUAUCGGGUUCUUCCCCAACGGCAACGCAGUCAUCACAGGCUCCGAUGACGCCACCUGUAAACUGUACGACAUGAGGGCUGACCAGGAGCUCCUCACCUAUCAGGAUUCCGGCAUCAUGUGCGGCGUCACCUCACUGGCGCCCUCCCUGUCCGGACGCCUCAUUCUGGCCGGCUACGACGACUUUAACGUCAACAUAUGGGACUCGCUGAAGGCGGAGAGAGUGGGUGUGCUGGCUGGUCACGACAACAGAGUGAGCUGCAUUGGCGUGUCCACAGACGGCAUGGCGUGCUGCACAGGGUCCUGGGAUAGCUUCCUCAAAAUCUGGAACUGAGGCCACUAUCACCUGCUUGUGGGUUGAAAAUUGUAUAACUACAAAAAGGAGGUUUUGGGUCAAGGAGUCGUGUAGAAUGACAUAAUGGGGGGGUGUAUUUAAAUUAUGCCAAGUGCUCUUGAAAGUUUGGUUGUAAUGCAAAUGAAAGAUAAUUCUGUAAUGUCCUUAAUUGUUCCAUUAUUUAGUGGAUUUUAGCACAUUUGCUGCUGCAGUUGAGUGGUCACAAAAAAAAAAAUGGGAGCGAGAUAACGCUGCAAAAAGUGAUGUUGCUGCACAUUAUAAGGUAUGCUGUGUUUUAUAUCAAGUAAAGCAGACAGUUGCCCUUCCCCCUUUUUAGAUGCUUACUUCCUUUUCUAAAUAGAUGUUUUUGUGUUUGUUUUGAAUGUGAUUGACGGAUUUGAUGAAGAUUAGGGGUUCUUGUUGCAGCACGUACAAAUUGUCAGACAUCUGGCAGAUGGGACAAUAAAAAUGGUUUCACUAAGCAUACAAUAAGCCAUGACCUAUUUGUCUUCAGUGGAUGCCAACAGCUAUUGUGCACGAAUCGGUUGUAAAUACUAGCAAAGCUUCAAGAUUUUCAUAUUAGUAUACCACGUUUAGCACACGUGUCUAGGGUUGGUUUUCUUAAAAGACUGUCGAA